AUGAGCAAGAGGGGCAACUUACAGGAUGGCAUCACCCCAUUGGAGGAUGCUGGUAAAAAUGUACGCAAGAGACGGAAACCGAUCAAAUCGUGUGCGUUUUGCAGGAAAAGGAAGCUACGUUGUGACCAGCAGAAACCAGUGUGUUCAACUUGCAAGGCGAGACGUCGCACUGAUUGCCUUUACACAGAGGAAUUCGGGCACAGUAUUGAGUCGGAAGAGUUAUUUGGCAAUACUCCCAAUAUUGAACUAUUGAAAAGGGUUGAGGAAUUAGAGAAAAGAUUAGACGACAAAGGGUUGGUAAAAGAGAAUUCAACGAAGACGAAAACACCUAAAAACCCAUAUGCCAACUUUUACUAUUUACAAUGUAAAGGUUCGGGCAGGAGAAUGAUGUAUGGUCCCACUUCUUUGAGAACGUACCUCUCAAAUGAUGAUAAUCGGUUUGUGAAUACGUAUAACCAACUCUGGUCUAAAGUUAAAAUUGAAAGAAACAAAUGGAAAGCUAGAAAUAAAUGGACAAUAAAACCGGAAUCUCGACUUCUAGAAAAACCAUUGCCAGGAAGCGCCGAUUCUACUAUUCUACAACAGGUCUGUAAAGUUUUGCCGUCAUAUGAACAGUGCUUGAGGAUUGUUAUGGACUUCUUCAAUGCUGAACUGGAAGUUAAUGAAGUUAGUGAAGUUCUAGAUAAGAAUAAAGUAAUCAAUGAUUUUACCUCCUCAUUUCUUCCAAGCGAUCAACUGUUACCCAACGGCGAGAGGCGAAUUGAGAAAUUACUACCAUCAAUAAAGAAAAACUAUUACAAGAUUGGUGUUAUUCUGAUGAUAUUGUGUAUACACCAUUUCUUUGAAGAUACGCCACAAGAGAUAGAAAAGUUUCUCAUCAUGCUGACAGGGCUUUCAACGACUAAAGUGUUUUUCAUUGAACGUGCUCAAUUUCUCCUUCUGAAAUACUAUCAUCGAGAGUUAAUUUGGGCAUGCGGAGACGAUUCGCAUAUGAUCAGCCUGGUUGAUUUACUAUGCAGUACAGCUAUCACUCUGGGUCUACAUCUGAAAAUAAGAGAAGUUUACAAGAAUCAAGAAAAUGUUGUCGGAAGUUUGGAGAGUUUGGAAAAUUUGUGGGUUUGGAUUGUAUUAUCGGACUUCAAUGUUUCCUUGAGCAUCGGAAGAUGUUUGCUUAUCAGUUCUUCCUAUUUUCAAGCUGAUGAGUACGAGAAUGAUGAGAAUCUGUCCGGGGGCAUGGGCAAUUCUUCGUCGGGCAUUUUUUUUGAUGAAUCAAACACUUGCAUGGGCAAGCUAAAGAGGUUUUUGAAAUUGGCUAGACCAAUGCUGGAUGCCAUCUAUAACAAGGGCGCUUAUCCAGAUUUAGAGCAAAAUUGUAAGAACCUAGUAAGUUUUGCAGAGACUGAAUUUCAUCCAAUAUCAUAUUUUACCGAUGGUGAGCUGAUAUCUAAAGUUCCCUUGCGUGAGAUUAAAGUAUUUGCACAGGUUUUAAACUUGUUGCUAACGUUUUAUUCUUUGAGAUAUUUAAUCCACAAGAAAAAGAACGUGGCUUUGGAGAAUAAUAUUCUACAAACCAUUUUAGUCUCAUUUUCCCUUGAGAUCAAUACGACUGUACUGUGUUUCAAACUAGAUAAAGAGCAUUUUCCUGAAUUUCUCGCCCCGGAUUGUUCUCAUUUAUCACCAUUUAUGGCUUUGUCAUUAGUAUACACAAAUUUCUUGUUUCCGAGGGCAUCCACCGGUUUCUGUGCUUUUCUUUAUCAUAGGUUGACCCUGUUUGAAAAGGGCUUUUAUCUGCUAUCCAACAUUAACGAGCAGGAAGCAACAAAUUGGGACCUAUCAACCCUGAAUAUUCCGUUGAAUAAAGAUAUCAAUCUACUUUCUGCUUUCAAAAUUUAUUCGGACAUUUUUGAUAAAUGGUCUACCGACAACAAUAAGGAAUUGAGAAGUAUGAUGAGCCGUUCUUAUACACUUGUCAUCAACAUAGCCUUGGAGAGCAUUUACAGGGCCGUUUUAGAAAAGGUUAUCAAAUAUAGAACCACGGUUGAACACACAUGGAUGCAACAACUCCCAGACGAAUUAAACAGACCUCCCCAGCAUACACUUUCUGGCAGCGCAAACGUGCCCAUUGAUCCUACUUUGAGUAAUCUAAAUACCACAAGUAACACUACAUUGGUGGCGAACUUUUCAGCAUCUCUCCCAGUGGAAAGACGAAGUAAUAGUGUAGCUGGCGACAGCGGCUCACCUAGCAACGAAAAUGUACCGAUGGAGGCUGAACUGGCACAAACAAUAUCCAAUGAAUUUUGGGCGGCGUACAAUGAUGGGUGGGAAGACCUGAUGAACCAGCCAGAUUAUACAUAUUUAUUUGAUACAAUAUAG